AUGGAAAGGAUAUCGUAUGCCAGAAUUUUAAUUGGAAUGGAUGUAACAGUACCACUACUAGAAACUAUAAAGGUGCAGGAUCCAACUGAAAGGAAUUUUAGUCAAAAAGUGGAGUACAUAUGGAAGCCAGAAUACUGUGGAAAAUGUUUGAUGAUUGGUCAUAAUUGUAAUGAAAUAAGGCAACAAAAAAAUGUUAAAACAACAAGGAUCAAUGUGCAGAAGAAAGUAUGGCAAAUAAAAGGGGCAGCAGGGCAAAUGCAGGAAAAAGAGAAAGAGAAAGAGACAGCAAUCAAUACUAAAAACCAAACAGUAGCAGGAAACAAUGAAGGAUGGAAGGAAGUUAAAGGAAAAUCAGCAGCUAAGCCAACACAUGCAACACCUGAAGGAAGGAUGAGUAUAACAAAUGGCUUUAAUAUUCUCAACAAGCAGACUGAACAUGAACAACAAUCUGAUCAACGCAGAAUAGUGGAGAGAGGCCAGUGUAGCAGGAGCAGUGUUCAAUGUUAUUUUACAGCAGUUUAUGGUCUUCAUACUGUUGAAGAUAAGAAAGUAUUAUGGCAGGAACUAGAAGGAAUCCAGAAUGGAAUUGAUGGGGCUUGGAUAGCAAUGGGGGAUUAUAAUGCAGUGUUGGGAGUUGAUGACAGAAAAAGUGAUAAUCUAGUACAAGAAGUGGAAAUAAGGGACUUUAGGGAUUUCAUGUUAAACAAUGACAUGAAUGAAUUAAAAUAUAUAGGGAGGAAAUUCACAUGGACAAAUGGCCAUGUGUGGAGUAAAAUAGAUAGAGUCAUUAUCAAUGCAGAAUGGAUCACAAUAAUGAAGCAAUUGGAAGUGGUGGUGAUGGAACCAUUCAUAUCUGAUCAUACUCCUCUGUGUCUAUACUAUGAGGAAAAAAGUAAGGAUAGUCCAAAGCCAUAUAGAUUCUACAAUUAUGUUGUUGAGCAUCCAGAGCUCCAAAAAGUGGUGGAAAAGGCAUGGAAUACAUCUAAUAAAUGGCAAGGAAUGGAAAGAGUGUGGCAGAAACUUAAAGUAGUCAAGCAAGAACUGAAGAAGAUGCAUACAGAAGAGUUCAAAAAGGUUAGAGACACAGUUCAAACAAUUAGAAAGCAGCUGCAGGAGACACAAGAGAAAAUGCAGGAUUCAAAUCAUCAAACAGACUUAUUUAAUACUGAGAAGAAGCUAAGAGGUAACCUGGAGAAAUGGGGAAUGAGAGAGGAGAGCAUUAUGAGACAGAAAUCAAGAACAAAAUGGUUGAAGCUUGGGGAUUCUAAUAGUGCCUAUUUCUAUGCUUGUAUGAAGAAUAGAAUUUCUACAAAUAAUAUUAAAGCCCUUGUGAAUCAGGAUGGUAAGUUAUUGCAGAAUGAUCAAGAGGUGGAGGAGGAAGUUGUGGGAUUCUAUAAAAAGCUAUUAGGGAAUGCUGUUGAACAAAUGCAAAUGAUCAAUCCAACAAUAAUGAGAAAUGGAACAAUACUGACAAGAGAUCAACAGAUGAAGCUAAUUGAGCCAAUUACCACAAAAGAUAUCUGUAAUUCAAUGAAGAAUAUUGAUGACAAUAAAGCCCCAGGAUGUGAUGGUUUCAAUGUGAUAUCAAAGGUAAUCACUACAAAGUUGCAGAUGGUUAUGGAUAGCCUCAUUGAUGUAAGUCAAGCUUCAUUUGUACCAGGAAGAGUUAUAUCUGACAACAUUAUUCUAAGUCAUGAAUUGAUAAAUGGCAGGCCUACUUGUCCUUUCCUAGCAAGAAAAAGGCUAAGACAAGGGGAUCCACUAUCUCCAUUCUUAUUUGUCUUAGCUGUGGAUUACCUAAGUAGGCUACUCAGAACCUUGAAGAACCAGCCUAAUUUUAACUACCAUCCUAGAUGUGAGAAGCUGCAAAUUAUUCAGCUGGGCUUUGCUGAUGAUCUGUUGUUAUUCUGCAGUGGUGAUGAAGUAUCUAUCCAUAUGUUAUAUAACUAUUUCAUGGAAUUCUCAAAGGUGUCAGGGCUGAAGGCAAAUAAGAAUAAGAGUUCUAUAUACUUUGGAAGUGCGAGCUUAAUAGUAUAG